AUGGAUACUAGUAUUCAACGUGCCCUCAACGACAAGCUCUAUGAUAAGCGCAAAAUUGGCGCGCUCGAGCUCGAGAGAGUCAUUCGCGAAUUAGUAGCCAGCAAAGAUUAUCAGAGAGUCCACGACAUACUCGAGCAACUCUGUAAUGAUUACGCAUAUGCGGUGCACCAGCCGCAUGCUCGAAAUGGCGGCUUGAUUGGCCUGGCUGCGGCCGCUAUCGCCUUGGGCCCAGAACUUCCUCGCUACCUCGCGAAGAUUGUGCCGCCUGUGUUGGCCUGCUUCACUGAUCAGGAUGCGCGACUUGGUGCCGAUUCAGAACUUUCUGUCAAAAAUGGGGCAGAACUACUAGACCGGCUCGUCAAAGACAUCGUGUCAGAGUCUGCCGCCUCAUACAUCUCUGUGCUCGAAGCACCGCCAGUUAUCGAGAAUGACAAAGCCGACCCAGAGAACUCGCGUGCACACCUCCCGACUGCAUUCUCUUUAGCAAAAUUCAUUCCUCUGCUAAAAGAACGCAUAUGGGUCUCCAACCCAUUCACACGCCAAUUUCUCGUCGGCUGGAUCACAUUGCUCGACUCGAUCCCUGAUUUGGAGUUGGUAACUUAUCUUCCCGAUUUUCUUUCCGGUCUUUUGAAGUUUCUAUGCGAUCAGAAUAUCGAUGUGAGAACUGCGACCCACACAUGCCUGGACAAAUUCAUGGGUGAAAUCAAGCGGAUUUCCCGUGUCAAGAAAGGCAUACAGGAGAGCAAAAAGUCUCGUGAAGGUGGAAAGAGAAAACGACAAGAGUCACUGGACAGCGGAAGCUACCGGCCAGAGCCAGAGGAAGGCGAUGAGCUGGAAACUGAUUUGAGUGACGAGGCCUGUGACGAUAGUUGUGAGGAUGAUUGGAUUCCCGGGCAAGACGUCGAAGUCAACUUUAAAGCGAUUCUGGAGAUUCUAACUGCAAGUCUAGAGUCACCCCUUGAAGAAGACAGUCUGUUAGAAGCCCUGAGAUGGAUUGUGGGACUUCUUGACAUCUGCCCGGAAGAAGUCCUGCUAUUUACGCCAGAUAUCCUGGCGCACAUGCUGCCUGCGAUGGCCAGUAGCAAAGAUGCAGUCCAGAUAGCUGCUACAAGAGUGAAUAGCUCCUUGAUGGAUUACGUGGCCUCGUUGACGGAUGAGUCUGGCUCGCCCCUUUCUGGCCCACCGGCGCCAGGAGUAUACAGCUCUAAGCUCAAUUCGCCGCUUGAGAAGCAUGAAGCAGCUGGAAGCAACCGAGUAUCUAUAUCGAGCUUCCGAGACCCAGGUCAGAACCUCACGCCGUCGCACAGUCGUACCGCGUCUGCGCAACUCGCGGAAAUACCUCAAGCUCAACCUGACUUGGACUAUACUGCGGCUGUGAAUUCUCUGACUCUGCUUUUCUUGAACGAUCACGAAGCUACUCGAGUUGCAGCUUUGACGUGGCUAAUCAUGCUUCAUAGAAAAGCACCUAGAAAGGUCCUCGCAUUCAACGACGGCACGUUCCCGGCUCUGUUGAAAACCUUGUCUGAUCCCUCGGAUGCUGUCGUCACAAAGGACCUGCAGUUGCUUUCGCAGAUUUCUCGAAACAGCGAGGAUGACUAUUUUGCGUAUUUCAUGGUCAACUUGCUGCAGCUUUUUUCGACAGAUCGGGAGCUGUUGGAAAUACGAGGAAAUCUGAUUAUUCGGCAACUCUGCAUCAGCCUCAGCCCGGAAAGGAUCUACCGUACCCUCGCCGAUUGCAUCGAAAAAGAAGAGGAUGUUGAAUUUGCGAGCAUCAUGGUCCAGAAUCUUAACAAUAAUCUCAUCACCGCUCCACAGCUCGCAGAAGUACGCAAGAGGCUGCGUAACCUGGAAACAAAGGAUGGCCAAACUCUGUUCGUCGCUCUGUUCCGGUCCUGGUGUUACAAUGCAGUCGCCACCUUUUCGCUUUGUCUGCUUGCACAGGCUUAUGAACAGGCAUAUAAUCUACUUCAGAUUUUCGGUGAAUUAGACAUGACUGUCAAUAUCCUCAUCCAAGUCGACAAGUUGGUGCAACUUGUCGAAUCCCCAGUCUUCACUUACCUUCGCUUGCAAUUGCUCGAACCAGAAAAGUACCCGUACCUAUACAAAUGCAUGUAUGGAAUCCUCAUGCUCUUGCCACAAUCUUCAGCAUUUGCGGCACUGAAAAAUCGGCUCAACAGCGUCAGCGCUAUUGGGUAUCUGCAUGCGGCCCCUCGCAGUGCGACGACUUUGUCUAGCGGCUCUGGCUAUGACAGGCCAAAUCGUCUGAAGGGGCGUGAAGAAGGCGGCAUUCGCUGGGUGGAACUAUUGGAGAAGUUUCGCAGUGUUCAGGAAAAAGCUCGCCGAGUACAAAGGCAGAAUAAGGAUAUCGAUGAGGUUCCCAGUAUUGGUAUUGGCGAGCUCAGGAUAGGCGAUGGCUCGUUCGACAUUCGAGGAAAGGAUGGCAGAGCUACUUCUGGUAAUCCAGCCCCUCAGAAAGAUACGAACGCGCCAGCGGCAAAGAAAUCUGGCUUGGGAAGGCAAUUCGGGAGGCUAGGAGGCGCAGUCUCCGGCAGGAAUAAGCGCAAUACUUAA